AUGUGGUUCAUCUUGCACGUAUUGGCGCCAGAGUUGCUGGAAGAGUUCAAGCUUCUUGUCGAUUUCGGCUUCGGCGGCGAGGGCUUCGACAGCAGUCGGUGGUACAACAUUAUCUUCUGGGGGGACAUCAGAAGAACGCACAUCGUUGCUGCGCUGCUCGUGGGUGAGUUGGCAGCUAAUACUGGCACAAGGUUCAGCCGCGGUCUCGGUCUCGGGAAUGGGCCUUGUCGAGUACCGCCCCAUCCAUCUCAGGAACACGAACUUCCUGCUUCCAUCACCACUCCAUCGUGUACCAACGCCUACAUGUCCAUGUCGACGCCCCCUCCACAAAAGAAGUGCCCCGAUUUCUCCUCCACACUCCCACCAUCGCCGCCCGCCUCGCACGAAGCCUCACCAUCGCACCCAGGCCUGCCGCGGGCUUCCGCGAUCCCAUCUCAUCUUGUAUCAGACGCGCACUCCAUUACUGGAAGUCUGCGAGCUAUCUUUUCGGGUCAAUAUACACCGCAGCACGCGCGCGUCACUUUUCACACUUCGGCCGCCGAAUUCGAGCGACUGCACGACGAAUUCCUUGCGCCGGGCGCAGAUUGCGACGGCACCGACGACGACGACUUCAAGACCUGGUGUAGCAACAAAUUGCGUUGGGACUGGGACCCGCACACCGAGGAAUUCUCCUUGCGCAUGCCGGAUGUCCUUCACGAGUCGUUUAUCAAGCAGCUGCGAACGCAUGUGCUGAAGAGGCGGGAUGAGCUGGCAGACAGGUGGCACGCCAGCGGCAAUGCCAAUGCCGCGGCGGUGUUGCGCAUGAUUAAGGAUGAGGGCAACUCCACCAUCACGUUUGAUCACAGGCAGAGGAUGAAGAACUGGGGGGCGCGGGACACCGAAGAGCUGAGCGCGCAUAGGAGAGGAGCCUCCGGAGAACUUGAGAGCUUACAAGAAUCUGCCCAAGUGGACAUAACGACAACUUUUGGAUCAUCGACCUCCCGGGAAACGGAGGGAAAGGCAGCUCAGAGAAUACCAGACAUCGCGCUGAUGCACGAGGAGCAGAGACACUAUCCACCGUUGGUUAUGGAGAUCGGAAAUUCACAGUCGAUAGAAUCACUUUCUCUCACUGGCGAAGCCUACAUCCUAGACAGCGACAAUUUCAUCAAGACUGUGGUUGCUCUCAAACUCCCUUACCUACCGAAAUCGACCCAGAAGGCGGCGAAAUCGGGAAAGACUCCGGACCGUUCAGCAACUGUCACCCUCUGGCGCUCUGCGCUGAACGCGAGUGGAAUGGGUGAUGUUGAAAUCUCCAUAGACAAGGUCCCCUUCCGUAACGACAAAGGCCAGACGCAACAAGGCGAGUUCCAGCUCCUAGUUCGCGAUGCCAUGCCACCGUCAAUCAUCCAGAACGAGGAUCCGACUUCUACUACCUUCCUCACACAGUCAGAGUUGAACGAGACGCUUGCAAAAAUCACCUUUGCUGAGCUGAGUGCGAUGCUAACAGCGGCUGAUGAAGAAAAACGGGCAGGUCGGGACUCGAAAAAGGCGGAGGAAGAGCCCGAACGCAGAAUUUGGGGCAUCACCUACUAA